GUUUACAGUGGUGAUAGCGAUGGUACUCGAUUCGUUUAAAUUAUCAUCUAAAUCUAAAACAUCUUUUGAAAGCUAUCCGGAAUUACUGAACUAUCAAGUAACGUGGGAAGAGAAAUUUAAAACGGUUAUCACUUCUGUAUUCUAUUUAUUGGUCACAAUUAUUAUUGGAAUACCUUUAUGGUGGAAAACCACUACACCUUAUCAUGCUGCAUUGCCGUAUGAUGAGAUUCAACUAUUAAGCGCACGUAAAGUUGAAAUAACUGUACCAAUCAAUGUUCUCAAUUUUCAUACUGAACUUGAUGAUCAAAAAUUAAAUCAAAUUAGUGAAAUAUUUGCUCGUUUUAAUUUGAAGCAACAAACAAUGAUGGAGGAAAAUGCAUCUGAUAAAAUUUUCAUUAAUUAUCAUGUAAAUACCAGACAAAUGAUGAAUCAGUUAGAAAUCCAAACAUAUACAAAAUCACUUCCAAAUGAUAUUCUUAAUUUUUGGAUCACAUUUGAAAAGAAUUUAAGCUUAUUGAAUGUGUUCAAUAUAAAAGAAACCAUAAAGAACCAUGAAAAUGAUCGUCUUAUUGAACAAAAAACGAACAAUAGUUCAUCUGUUUAUCAUUUCAUACUGUUACCAAUAGUCAACAACAACAAUGAUUUAUGGUUAGAUGGAAUAAAUUUCAAAAAACAUAUUACAUCAAUGAAACCAUUUUCAAUUGUUAGAAAUUUACUGCAUUUGAAUUUAAUCUACGUUUUCAUUCCACAAACAAUCAUGUCAAGUGGAAAUAGCCACAUUUCAGAAUUACUAGCAUUACAUAUGAAAUACUUAUUAGACAAUGUCUUCAUACAAACCAGUCAUCUUAUGAAACUUGUACGAAAAUACGAUAAUCCUGUGAAAUUUUCACGUGAUCAGCACAAUGGAGUCUCAAAAAUUAUAGAUGAAUCAUUGUCUGUAUCUAGUGUAUACGAUGUAACUGUUACAGUACUCACACUCGACGGUUCUGUUUCACAAUUAGUAAAAGAAUCUAAUGAAAUAUCAGAUUGGACCAAUGAAAUGCUGGUUAAUCCUAUACCAUGGUUAGAAGCACAUGUAGGAUCAGCUUUCAAACAUUGGUCACCUUUUGUCCAAGUGGAUUUCUAUUCACAGAGGCUUUAUGGAGUUAAUGUUGAGCUGUUUAAAAAAAGUCGACUAUCGAAAACCGGAAACCAUACAUUUUACUCUCAGGAUGAUAUAUCCAAUCUUAUCAAUUAUUUGGAAUCAUUUCUGGGACCUCCCCAAACAGCUUAUGCAGAUAAUCGCGAUGUGGCUCACUCCAACCCAGGUUUACACCUUAUUUUGUUAUUAAACACUUUUAGAAGGAAUAAUUCAACCGUGGCUGAUUGUCCCUUACCUUUGAGAUUUCACAUAUCAUCAUCAUCAUCAGCUAUGGUAAUAAGCGACUAUGCGCUUGUACCUCAGUGGGGUGGUCUGUUUUCCAUUGAUGCUUCUGAUUGCAUGACAAGAACUGGAUCAACAAAUAUGAUUGCACAAAAAAUGAUUUAUGUAAUACGUUCAAUAUUAGGUUUUCCACAAAUCAAAGAGAUGAAUUUCGAUCGGGGUGUAGAUAAUAGUCAAGCUUAUCAUAUUCAAUCUAACAUGGACUUAAAUGGUAAAACAACGAAUUGGGAGCUAAAUUCGUGGUUUCUUCGAAGCACUGUUGAAUGUCUUACUGAGACGAAACGAACUAUAGAAUCGUUAGUAAACUUACUACAACGUCUCCCAAAUAUGAUCAUACGAGAUGAUGUUGCUCAUAAAGUAUAUCAAUCAUGUUCAAAUUGGUCAUUAACUCUUGAUAGUCUCAGAAAUCCUGAUGUAAUAAACGAGUCGUCACAUAGUAAGACUAUGUGCUCCUUUGGUGUUACAUUCCAAUAUGCACACAAUGCUUUAAGUUCUUCAAAUGGUGCAUUUUUCGACCAUAGUCUUCUUGGUCUUCUAUAUUUCGAGGAUGAUCAGAAAUAUGGUAUUUAUACACCGCUUUUCGUACCAGUGGGCUUUGCCCUAUUUCUAUCAACAUAUCGAAUAUUUAAAAUAAUAUCCCGUCACAAAAACCAAUAAGAAAAUUAUUUUUAUAUACAUUGAUUUUUCACAUUUACUCAUACCAGCAAAAAUAAAUUUUUAUACAACUACGUUUUAUCAUUCUACUAGCUGGCAGCUAUACAUCUGUACAUUUUAGAAAAAGUUAAUAUGGUAAAUCAUGACUGCGUAGUGCAAAUUAUGAGCAUAUAAGAGUUUUUAGAUCAUCCUUAAAAUUGGCAUAAUCUUUGUUAAAGAGAACACUCUCGGUUCUUUUACUUAUCACUCUACUGGACGUUGCGCCGAAAACUUCACGCCUACUUUGGUUGAUUUGUUUGGCAAGUCUUAUCAGUUCAGGAUCAGCCUUGCUGGUUCU